AUGCAACGAGUAUUUUGUUUCGCUUAUCAUUAACAUUUUCCAUAAAUCAUAAAUAUGUUUAUGUUGGUCAAGUGGUAGUUAAGUUUUGGCCAAAAAAUGAAAGCCACGUAGAGACUUUUGCCGACAUGUCAGCAGAGAGUUCGUCGGUAGGCACAGCUGCCGGAGCUCCCUGGUUCCAAUCACCGCGUCCCUUAUAAUAUUUGUUGCAAUCUCAUUCGCUGCUUCUAAAAUUCUCAGUAAAGUAACCAUUUGAUUCAACUUUAUAGCUCUUCUCUCUCUCUCUCUCUCUCUCUUUUGUCUCGUGUUCCCUUCGCUCGCUUCCACCGUCAAGACCGCUCAAUUUUGCUUUUACUCAUUUCUACGUCGUUCUCUCCUUCUCCACUUGGAAUUGAGAAGAGAACCCACCAGAAAGUUUGAGUCUUUAUCUCUCUCUAUCAGGCUGAAACUGAACUAGGCCGUGUACUUUCAGAAUCAAAAUGCUGAAUUUGGGUAGAGCAAGGAUGGGGAGGCAAAACAGAUCUAUGUCUUUUGAAGGAUUGGAUUUAGCAGACCCAAAGAAGAACAACAAUUACAUGGGGAAGAUUGUUUUGGUCAUGACACUUACAGCAAUGUGUAUUCUCUUGCUCAAGCAAUCCCCAACCUUUAAUACCCCGAGCGUGUUUUCUCGACAUGAACCAGGAAUUACACAUGUUCUAGUCACUGGUGGUGCAGGGUAUAUCGGGUCACACACAGCUUUACGUCUUCUAAAAGAUUCAUACCGUGUCACCAUUGUGGACAAUCUAUCUCGAGGGAACCUCGGUGCAAUCAAGAUUUUGCAACAACUGUUUCCGGAACCUGGAAGGCUUCAAUUCAUUUAUGCUGAUCUUGGAGAUGCAAAAGCUGUUAACAAAAUAUUUUCUGAAAACGCAUUUGACGCUGUGAUGCAUUUCGCGGCUGUUGCUUAUGUUGGAGAAAGCACACAAUUUCCUCUCAAGUAUUAUCACAAUAUUACAUCGAACACAUUGGUAGUUUUAGAGACAAUGGCUGCUUAUGGUGUGAAGACUUUGAUAUAUUCAAGCACAUGUGCUACUUAUGGAGAGCCUGAGAAGAUGCCAAUAACAGAGGAAACUCCUCAGGUUCCAAUCAAUCCAUAUGGAAAGGCUAAGAAGAUGGCAGAAGAUAUCAUCUUAGAUUUCUCCAAGAAUUCUAAUAUGGCAGUUAUGAUCCGGAGAUAUUUCAAUGUGAUUGGGUCUGAUCCUGAGGGCAGACUAGGUGAAGCUCCAAGACCUGAACUCAGAGAGCAUGGACGAAUCUCUGGUGCUUGCUUUGACGCUGCACGAGGCAUCAUUCCCGGGCUGCAGAUUAAAGGAACAGACUACAAGACUGUUGAUGGGACUUGUGUACGUGAUUACAUUGAUGUCACCGACUUGGAUGAUGCUCAUGUUAAAGCUCUUGAAAAGGCGAAACCCCGCAAAGUUGGAAUCUUUAAUGUUGGUACCGGGAAAGGUAGCACGGUGAAGGAGUUUGUGGAAGCAUGCAAAAAGGCGACUGGAGUUGAUAUAAAAGUUGAUUACUUAGAAAGACGGGCAGGAGAUUAUGCCGAGGUUUACAGCGACCCAAGUAAGAUCAGAGAAGAGCUGAAUUGGACAGCUAAGCACACAAAUCUUCAAGAAAGUUUAAAGACAGCAUGGAGAUGGCAAAAGCUUCAUCACAAUGGCUAUGGAUCUUCUUCCUUGGUUUCUGCAUAAUGACCUUUAUGCAUGGAUUGCACUUCAAGGACUCCUUCAUUGGUAGACGAUAGCUAGAUAUUAGAGUCUUGAUUCUAGAUGGUAGUGAAGGUAGUAGAAGAUGAUGGAUUUAUUAUUAGUAAAAUAGUAUUCAUAUCCAUAUAUAGUGAUUAUAUAUGAGAUUAUUGAUUAAUAAAAUAUAGUCUAUAUCAAUCACAUAUUUUAUUGUCAAAAUCCUGAACGGAAGACAUGUUGCUUCUUUGUGUAAAAGUGAAAGUCAUUGGUUGAAAAAUUUGAAGUAAUAUAUCUUUCUAA